AUGCUGCUGCUGCCUCCAACUCGUCCCCUCGGCUGGAAUGUAUGUCGCCUCUGGCUCCCGGUCCAGGGUAGGCAUUCCUCAUCCAAGCGCUGGCAGGCUCGUCAGCAGCAGGAUCGCUUUACGAAAGAGGCCGCAGUGCAAGGCCUGAAAAGUCGCGCUGCAUUCAAACUGCUGCAGGUACCAACCCCUGGUCGAUCCCUCACAGUAACUCGCCUGUUCUGA